AUGGAUGUGACCAUAAAGUUAACUAUAGUUCCACUGGUAUUGUUGGCAAUACUACUUAUCAUCGGGUGUUUAGUGAUACUAUGGAUUUGGAUAAAAAUACCGCAACUAUUAUGGAAGUACUGUUUAGCCUACUAUUGCGGAGCGGGUGUUAAGUGGAAGGGAGGGCCCGACACUUGGGCUGUGAUAACUGGCGCCACCGAUGGCAUUGGUCUGGCCUACGCCAAGGCUAUGGCCGACAUGGGCUACAGUCUGGUGCUAAUGAGCCGAAGCCCUGACAAACUGGAUAGGGUUAAGACCGAAAUCCAUAAGGAAUACAAAAAUUGUGCCAAAAUUAAGAUAAUUGUCGUCGACUUCGCCGACGAAGACAUUUACGAUAAGAUAGAGUCGGAGCUAAAAGAGUUGCCCGAAAUACAUGUGCUCAUCAAUAACGUGGGCAUGACUUACAGGUAUCCGGAGUUCUUCACGCGAAUCGACGAUCAAAGUGAGUUCAUCACCAGAAUAUUCAACAUUAACUGUAUGGCAAUGACUAAACUUAUCAGUUUGGUUUUGCCCGCAAUGGCUGACCGCCGCAGUGGAGUCAUACUAAACAUAUGCUCGUUUAGCGCCUGUUUCCCGACACCAUUGCUGGCGCUGUACUCGGCGUCCAAAACGUACGGCGAUUACUUGAGCCGAGCGUUGUCUGUAGAGUACGGCCACAAAGGUGUGGUCAUUCAGAGUGUACUGCCAUACUAUGUGUCCACAAAUAUGAUCCGUAACCCAAAGCAUACAUUUAUGAUACCGUCGAGCGAUCGGUUCGUGAGAAGCGCUCUGAAGACAGUAGGCAUAGAGUCGCGUACUUAUGGCUAUUUGCCGCAUACAGUGGUGGCAUUCAUACAGAUAUUUGUUAUCAAAUUCCUCGUCGGUAAUGAUGUCAAUAUGAAACUCGCUUUUCGCAAAAUGUUUCGCUUCCGCAAAGCCUAUUGUGCCAAACGUGACAAAUACGCCCAAAGUAUGGAUACACUCGACAGUGUGAUUGACAUUAGACUAUAG